AUGCAAAGCUGCACUAUCCGGAAGCAUUCGUUGAGUUCUUUCCAUGUUGCGGCUUGGAAGGCGUUUCACAUGCCUGCCUCCCUGUCUGUCGAGUUCGCCACUGAUCCGUCUGACGUGCGGUUGCUCGCUGGGGCAGUCCCGCAGCCUGACGAUUGGCUUCACGCCUUUCGCGCCUUUCGCCAGUGCACUUCAAGCAGAGGGGCCAGUGCCUUCAACUUGACCGACCAAUUUAUAAACAGCAGCCGUCUGGACGUGCAAGCCAUCCAGCGUCGAGCCUUCCAACAAAUGCAUACCGUAAUGCAUGAGUCGCUCCGACAAACAAAAAGGCAGCUGUUUAGGCAGGCAAUGUCGUGUACACUCUCGGUGGACGACAAGAAGCCCUACCGCCUGGUUCGCUUCAAGCUUACCACUGUGAAGGGUGAAGUUCACCAGGGCAUGCUGUGCCUGCUUUAUCCGGUCAAGAAGCUGAUGGACAGCCCGCCUGAGGAGUGGGACAGGGACAAAUCCCAGCUGGCCGCAGAGAAUGUCGCCUCUGGUGUGCGACAGUUUUGCACGCCGCGGGAUGCGCCUUUCGAUCAGGACUUGUACAAUCACGUGUUGUCUGUCGUCAGGUGCUUCACGUCUGACGGCGCGGCGUACGCGCAAAAAACAGGGCGGUGUCUCAAACGACAGUUUUGCCCCAAUAUCAUCCUGAUCUUCCGUGAUACGUGUCACAUGCUGCGUAUCUCGGCCGGUGAUCCGCUUGCUAUCGUGGGCCCGUGCCAGCAUGCUUGGGAUGUUCUGUUCGAAAAAAAGAAGAGCCUGGUGCCACAGGUACAACAUUCCUAUGAGUGGAGGGCACGCCUGACGUCCUUGACUCGCAUGCUUUUGCAGGACGGCACGCUAGGUGGCGUCCUCAAAACAACGUUGCGGAAUUUCGGCUUUGCGCAACAAAGGUGGGAGUCCAGCGUUGUGCCGCAGCGAAGAUUCUGUUAUCUGGUUUUGCCUAUCGCUCUUCUACUGGCAAUGGUUGCGUCUGACGUGCGUACAGACGCAACUGUGAAGGCCAGGGCUCUGGAGCAGCUGAGUGAACUCCGCCCGAGUCUUUUUGUGUCUGUCGGAAUGGCGUCUGACUAUUGGGCCGAGGUAAUGGGCUUCCUUCGCAAAUUUGAAACAGACCUGGAUUACAGCUGCGUUCCCGCGCUCAUGAGUGCCUUUCGCGAUCGCCUGACGAAGCUGUUCCUUGAGGCAAAGGUGUUGGAGGAAACGGAUGGAGAUGAUGUUCCAGCUUUGCAUGUUUGCGGGAAAGUGUAUCACGUGUGGCCCAAAGGGUCGUCCCAGGAUGAAGAUGUGCACCGCUCCAUCAGCGGAAUGCAGGCAGCCUGUCAGUUGUUUCUGGACCGGCUUGACAGCGAGCUUCCAGGCAAGGACCUCCGCAUGCAGCUCCACAUCUUCGACUUGCGACGCUGGCAACGCUUGCAACACCUGGCGGACACAGACAUCGACAAAACAUCGCAUUUAAAGUCUGUGAAGCUGUGGCUGAGCUUACUUAAGCUCAACGUCGCUCUGGGCCUGCAAGAGUAUCGUGAUGCAGCGUGCCUUUUUGUAAUGGAUGUCGAACGUGCGCUGGAGCUUUUGCUUGACGGAGCCAAGCAGGAAAGUGAGCUUUUCGAGAGAAAGGUGCUCCAGACUUCCCCUGUUGCAAUGGAUUUGCCGCUCCUCAUCGCGCCCGCCAAGCCACAACUUUUCUUGACAGAUGCCUCCCGAGAACUUUGCCGUCUUUGGGUCCAAUUUUACGGCAGGCGCUUUCACCUUUACAAGAAGCGAAGUGAUUGUGGGAAAGUCAAAGGCCACCGGCCUGGCUCUGAGGCCUGCGUUCUGACUCAACAAAUCCGAGCUCGCAACAAAAUAUGUGCAGGUGAAGGCGUCGACCGGGAGCUCCUGUCACGACCGCGAGUGAAGUUUGCGGCGAAGCCUGGCAAAAAGCUUGAGGACAGCGAGCUGUGGAACAAGCAAAUGCAGAAGUUCUCGGAGCGAAGCGCGGAGAUCAAGAAGCACCACUUGGGCGUCACACGUCGGUCAGGGCAAG